AUGCCACCAAAAAGACGAAAAGCCAACACAGAGGCAGCACCAGAACUAAAAACUAAGAAGAUAAAAGUUGAAGAGGGUGGAGAUGCUGCAGAAGAGUUUGAUGGACUUUGGGAGUGGGAAGCUGAUGGUAAUGUCUGGACACCAUUUUCUAAACAGUUGAAUAAGAAAAUCAAUGAGGCAUUUAUGAAUAAAGAUAAACAGUUUGAGUUUGAUGCAGCUCCAAAAGUGAAAAUGGUUGUAAAACUAGAGGAUGGUAAACAGAAGAAUAAGAAGACAGGAUAUGAGAGAAGAGUUCGAUGUUCUGUUAAAGAGAAACCUGGUGGUGAUUAUUAUAUCUGGGAAUGGGAAGAUGAGAAAAAUAACUGGAAUCCAUACCCACCAUUCAUUAAUCAAGAACUAGAGAAUGAGAAUAUUAGCAAGGGGAAAAAGAAAUCAGUGACAUAUUGCCCUGGUAGAAAUACAGAUAGAACAUAUGAUAUAGACACAGUCAAGUUGAUACAAACAGCUCAACAUACUGGUGUAGAACGAAAAAUACGCAGAACAAAAUUAGAUCCAGUGGAGCUUAAAGAUGUACCUGAAGAUGAUGUUAAGCCGUCUGUGUCCAAUGGAGAAGCAAAUGGAGCAGGAGAUGCUUCAACUUCUGCAGGUAAAUCAGGGAGAGCCAGUAAGAGUAAAUCUGCUGGAAAAUCAGCAGGUAAAUCUGGAGGGAAAGCUAGUAAAGUGGAAGAAGAAACCAAGUCAGUAGUACGUAAAAUAGUAAAGAAAGGGGAAGCCCCUGUAGAUGAUGAAUGCCCUGUAGCUAGUAAAACACAUGUUUAUAUUGAAUCUAAAGAUGUAUGGGAUUGUAUGUUGAAUCAG